AUGUUAUCCGCGGAGGAGGCACCGUAUCAAUCGUGUUAUUGCGAGGAGAAUGUGUACAAACUUUUAGAGAAAUUAAAACCGAAUUUGGACGAUUUUUUCGCGGUUUUAAUUUCGAACGACAUCAAGAUGAUACCGUUGUGGAAGCAGAAAGCGGAGAGGGAUCCGGACGUUCUCUGGGACUACCACGUCAUCACAAUUUCAAAGAAUUCAGACGGAUCCGCGAAAGUCUAUGACUUUGAUUCUUGGAUCGAUUGGGGUGUGGAUUUUCAAACGUAUUGGAAUCAAACAAUGAACGAAGACGAGAUGAAACAAUUUAGAGAAAAAUAUAGAAGAAAAUUCCGUAUCAUCCCAGCCAGAAUCUAUCUCUCCUUGCUAUCAUCAGACCGAUCUCAUAUGCUGAAUCCCGAUGGAACCUACAUGAAACCCCCUCCCGAAUGGCCUCUUAUACAAAAUUCCACCAAUUCGAAUUUAAUGAAUUUGAUCGAUAUGAAACUAGAAUUUCCGGAGACAAUGGUGAUGGAUGAGACGGAAAUCCGCCGAUUUUUUAGU